UCCUUUUUUAUCUUCUCUCUUGUAUAAAUACGUCUCUCCUCUCUUCUCUUCGCUUCAAUCCGUUUCUCCCUCAAAGUGUUCAACAGCAAACAGUUACGGAAAGAUUAGCAGUAGCGUACUCGUGAGGGAUCAGCACAGGACCCACCCGGGAUGGGCAACGGAGCAUCCUGCGUUCCCCGGUGCACCCGGGCAGCCGCGGCCAAGGUCGUUGGCCCUGACGGAUUCCUCCGCCCUAUCGAGGCGCCCGCCGGCGCCGCGGAGAUCAUGGUGGAGUUUCCUGGCCACGCGGUGGCGCGCGCCGAGGAGGCGCUCAGGACCCGGCGGGCGGCCGGGAUGCGGGCGGACGAGGAGUUGCUGCCCGGAGUGGUAUACUUCCUGCUGCCACUGAACCGGGUCGGGUCCCGGCUCUCUGACUGUCAGGUGGAGGCGCUACUCGAGGCUGUCGGCCGCCGGAGGCGGCGGGGCAAGCAGGGGGAUCGUCCACGGAGCCGAGUCUUCCCGGAGGUUGGCGGCGGAAAGGAACGGAAGGUGGCAGUUUGGGAGGGGGAGCUGACGGGUUUGAGUGGUAAGAAGGUGGGUGGAUGCCGGCAGUGGAGACCAGCCUUAGACACCAUCCAUGAAUGUAAGGGUUAAGGCAGAAGUGCCCUCCGGCGAUGUGAUGGUAAGAGGGAGGACGAACUAUCAUUCAACGAAGAUUCAAAACUCACGUAGAAUAUUCUUGCGUUUGGACCAUCUGACUCAUUCUGUGUUUUUCAAAUUUAUUUUGGAUGUUCGAUGAAAAAAUUUUAGACGAUUAAAUUGAUAACCUCCGAGGUUAAUUGUUUUCUCUUUUGUUGUCACCUAACAUGGAGCAAAUAUUAGAUGGCCAAA